GGGAACGGUGCUGGCCCCUCGGCUUCGCUUUGUGCCGAAAUGACGUCAUUGCCUGGAUGACACCUAGCUGGUUUCUCCCCAAAAAGCAUGCCGCACCCAUGUCAUCGCCUCAGCGUUGCUUCACGCCAAAAAUGAUGUCAUCGAUGGGACGGAACUGAGCUUUUUUACUCAGAAACUGGGCUGCUGCUGCGCCGUCAUUUCAUGCCAAAACCGUGUCAUCGCCUUGACGGAUUUAAGCUGUUUUCUCCCCAAAACCUCUUCACACCUGCGUCAUCACCUUAGCAUCACUUUGCACCAAAGUGACAUCACCUUGACAGAACUGAGCUGUUUUCUCCCCUCAAGCCUGCGCCGUCACCUCAGCAUCGCUUCACACCAAAAUGACGUCAUCACCUUGACAGAAUUCAGCUGGUUUUGCCCCCAAAUCCUCCCGAGCCCGCCUCGCCACCCCUCGACAUCACCUUCCUACUAAAACCGCAUCAUCACCUUGAGGGAACUGGGCCGUUUUCUCCCCAAAACCUCUUCAAAACCACGCUGCCACCGCCGCAUCCCUUCGCGCCAAACCCUGCCUUUUUCCCUUGACGCAAAUAACCUUUUUUUCUCCCCAAAACAGCUUUGAACCCCCAGCGCCCCCCCCUUGCUGUCACGUUCUUCCUAACCCUACCUCAUCGCUUGAACGGAUUCAAGCUUUUUUCCCCCCAGAACCUCUUCAAACCCCAUCCCACCGCCCCCACCUGAUCCCAGCCUGACCCUUUCUCCCCCCACUUGUUUUUUUGAGGGGGUGACGGGGGCGCCACCGCCAUGUCGGGUGCCGACCCCUUGGAAACGCUGCAGGUGGAAGCCAGCUGCUCGGUUUGCCUGGAAUACCUGCAAGAUCCCGUCAUCAUCGAAUGCGGUCACAAUUUCUGCCGCCGCUGCAUCACCCGUUGGUGGGCCGAGCUCGCGCGCGAUUUCCCUUGCCCCGUUUGCCGCAAAACCUCGCGCCGUCGCGCCCUGCGACCCAACCGACAACUGGGCAACAUGGUUGAAGCCGCCCGGCAGCUUCGAGGCACCAAACGUAAAGCCGGGGAGGAAAGUCGUUGCCAAGCUCACGGGCAAGCUUUGGCUCGAUUCUGUCGCGACGAUCAAGCCCCCGUUUGCCUCCUCUGCGAGAUCUCCCAUGCCCAUCGCGCCCACGCCCUCAUCCCCCUCGACGACGCGGCCCUCGAGUAUAAGGAGAAGCUGCAGCGCUGCCUGGAGCCGCUGGAGCGGAAGCUGGAAGCAGUGGCCGGCUGUCGUGCGCGGGAGGAGAAGAAACCGAGUGAGCUGAAGAGGAAAGUGGCUUUGCGACGGGAACGCAUCGCCCGGGAGUUUGAGGAGCUUCACCAGCUGCUGGAGGAGGAGGAGCGGCUGGGGCUGCCGCGGGGGGGGGGGGGGGGGGGGACCCGGCAGCGGCUCCAGGCCAACCUGGCUCGGCUCGGGGAGCAGCGCCGGGUCCUGGCCGCCCUCGUGGCCGAGCUGGAGGAGAAAUGUCUGCAGUCGGGCGCCGAGAUGCUCAAGGACAUCAAGGACACCCUGGCCAGGUGCGAAGCGGCGGCGGCACCGGUGGAAGAACCGGCUUCCGUCCCCAUCGAGCUGGAGAAAAACUUCUGCAGUUUCCCCCGGCAAUAUUUCACCCUCCGGAAAAUCACCCGGCGCCUCAUCGGCGAGGUGACACUGGAUCCGGACACGGCGCAUCCCAACCUGGUUUUAUCAGAAGAUCGGAAAAGCGUUCGUUUCGUGGAAGUUCGAUCCCGGGAUUUACCCGAUACCCCACGGCGUUUCACCAUUUAUCCCUGCGUUUUGGCGGCGCAGGGUUUUACCUCUGGUCGUCAUUACUGGGAGGUGGAAGUCGGCGAUAAAACCCACUGGGCUCUCGGCGUUUGUAAGGAUUCGGUGAGUCGGAAAGGGGAAUUAACGCCGCUACCGGAGACGGGAUAUUGGCGGGUACGGCUCUGGAACGGCGAUAAAUACGCGGCCACCACCACCCCCUUCACCCCACUGACGGUGCGGGUGAAACCCAAGCGGGUCGGGGUCUUCGUGGACUACGAAGCCGGGAAAGUGGCUUUUUACAACGUCACCGAUCGCUCCCACAUUUACACCUUCACCGACACCUUCACCGAAAAGAUCUGGCCGCUUUUUUAUCCCGGGAUCCGCGCCGGUAGGAAAAACGCGGCGCCUCUUGUUAUCCGUUCGCCUACGGAUUGGGAGUGAGGGAGAGAGCGGCGCCAGCGGGGUUUGGCUCCAUGAUAAUCUGGCAGUGCUGGGAUCCGGCGCUCCGGCAUUGGCUGGAGUUUGGCACUCUGAUGUGCUGCUGGGAUCCGGUGCUCCGAUAUAGACGGGGUUUGGCUCUCCGGUAUCUGGCACCACUGCGGUUUGGCGCUCUGACGUCUGGCACCACCGGGAUCCGGUGCUCCGGCAUCGCUGGGAUUUGGCUCUCUGACGUCUGGCACCACCGGGAUCUGGUGCUCCGGCAUCGCUGGGAUUUGGCUCUGACAUCCAGCACUGCCAGGAUCUAGCAAUCCGGCACUACCAGCAUUUGACUUGUGGACAUCCAGCGCUGCCAGGAUCAGGUGCACCAACAUAGACAGGGUGUGGCUCUCUGACAUCCGGCGCCCCGGCACCACCGGGAUUUGGCUCCCUGGCUCCCCGGCACCGCCAGGCGCUUGCUCCUUGCCAUCCAGCUCCGCGUCCCGGCUCACCGGCACCGCCAGGGUUGGGCUCCUGGCACCGGCCGGCUCCAGCUCGGUGGCACCGCCUGUGUGGCAGCAGGGGAAGGUGUGUGGCAGGGCUCUGUCCCCCCGGGUGUCCCUCUGUCCCCCCAUCCCUCUGUCUGGGUGUCCCUGGCCUCAUGCACAUGCUGGGGUCCAUCCCCCCACAUCCCUCUGUGUGCCCCGCCCCCCAUGUCCCCACGUCUGUCUCUCCGUGUGACCCCACGUCAGGCUGUCUCCGUCUGCCUGUCCCCAUGUCUGCCUGUGUCCUUCUGUCUGUCCCCAUGUCUGUGUCGUCCUGUGUCUCGUGUCCAUCUGUGUCCCCACAUCACCUGUGUCCCUCCAUGGCCCCAUGUCUGUCCCUGUGCCCAUCCGUGUCCCUUUAUGUCCCUCCCCACCCCAUGUCCAUCUGUGUUGCUCUAUGUCCAUGUGUCUCUGCAUGUCCCUCUGUGUGUCCCUGCGUGUCACUUUGUGUCCGUGUUCCCACAUCUGUGUCACUCCAUGUCCCUUUGUGUGUCCUUUUGUCCUUCCGCAUGUCCCUGUGUCCCCACGUCCCUCGGUGUCCCUCCAAGUCCUUCUGUGUUGCCCUCCAUGUCCCUUUAUGCCCUUCUGUGUCUCCCUCUGUGUCCCUUCAUGCCCCUCUGUGUCCCCACAUCCCUCCGUGUCCCCUCUGUGUCCCCCGUCUCCGCGCGUCCCUCCCCCUCCCCGUA